UAUUAGAAUUUUUAUAAUUUGGAUAGAUUUUUUGGUGAAAGCUUAAUUGAUUUGCUUGACCAUUUAUGAAAACUCUAACUGGCAUGUUAUGCGAAUGGUAUGUACGUUGCGUACGCCACGGAAAAGCAAGUUAAGCUUGGCAAGACUGUAAAUUAUGAGCUACAAAAAGCUAAUUAAUCUAACUGUAGCAUAAUUCAUCAAUAAAGCUGUGAAAAACUUAUAAAUAAUGGACGGAGAAGCGUCAAUUAAUUUAUUUAGUCUUGACUUUUAUAAGUAUUACAUUAUUUUAACUUUAUUUUAUUUAUGCAUGAAAAAAAGAAUAUUCUGUUUACAAGAAACUAAAGAAAAUGGAUUACUUUUCAGUUCUUUUAAAUUAUAAUACUAAAUCUAAUGAUUAUCUAAUAGAUCCUAAUCAUGAUCCUAUAUUAACCAGUUCAAUCAUCACUAAUUAUCCUCAAGAAUUUAUCCCUAAAUUAAUUGACUUCGACAUACCUUUAGAUGAAAUUAAUUAUUCCCCUUUGACAGAUAUUGAAGGACCUUAUGAAUCUCUAUUGACCCAAUUGAAUCCAGUCGGUCUGUCACCAAUCCCUUUCACUGCUGAUGUCAAACAAGAUAAAAUAACCAGGAUUGAUGAAAAGUUGCCAGAUGAAAAUUUACAAGACGAAUUUGACAAUUUUGCCGAUGAUGACUAUCCAAAUGACCAGUUAAUUAUUGAUUGCCUGUUGGAGGAUUCGUGUGACAUAAUCAAAGAUUUUGAUGCUGAUGUUGAUGUUGAAGUUGAUGGUGAUGGUGAUAAUCAUGGUGAAGAACUCAACUCUAAUGGUGAAGUGCGAUGUUGGAAUCCUGAAGAAACCCAAAAAAGAUUGGAUGAAAUAUUUCAAAAUGGUGAAAAUGUCAAAUCAGAAUUCUUAGAAGCCAGCUUGGUGAAUGGAAAUUUAGAAAGUAAAGAUUUCGAUUGUAAAGCAGAAAAAGAAAAUCAAACUCCGAAUGUUUACCCAGAAACGCAUUUUGUUCCGUAUUCCGUCAGUUCUCAAGUAAUGAACAUUUUUCCAGAGUCGGAAGUUGAUAACAAACAUGAGGUUAACUAUCAAGAUGACACUUACAAACUUCAAUCCAUGACUUCUGAUGGUUCCUGUGACUCUCUUGCCGAUGUUUCUCCAUUUCAACCAACAUCCAAUUCAACAGUAGCAGUGUGCUGUUGUCGGAAGCAUGAAAAGUACUAUCGAAAAUUAUUGAAUCGAAAAGCCGACCGAGUUGCUAAAGAUAGAAUUCUAGUCGUUGAAUACUUAUACAUACCAUUGGACAGUCGAAGUGGAAGUUACUUGAAACCCAAAUUUUCACAUAAUAUUUUGUGUGCUUUUGCCAUUUUAUGUGGAUCCGACGAAGAAAUGAUGAUUGAGGUUUCAGGCAUAUACAGUUUCCUGUGCAAGUGUUUUCCUUACUUUGAGACAGCAGAGUUACAUUGGAAAAACUCAUUGAGGCACAGUUUAACAACCUGUAACUGGUUCCAUAAGACAGAAUUACAUCGAACAGCAAUGAAGGGAUACAAAUGGACAAUCAAUUGGAACCAUAAAACAUGUUUAGCCUGGGAAAUCAGCAAACAAUGUAUUAAAGAUGUUACAAGCUUAUAUCAUUGUCUGUCUGGUCCAGAGGUGUGUGAAGAUUUGCUCAAAGUUGGUCUAUUGGAGAUGGAGCAAUCAAAAUUAAUCAUGUUAAGGCAAUCUUACAAACGUAAUGAAUUAAGAAAGGAAUACUAAUCCUUAGGAAAAAAACCUUAAGCAACCAUUCAACCGGUUAACGGUUAAGAUGACUAAACAGGGUAUCACUAAGGAAAUUAAAAAAUAUUAUGUAUAAUUGUAUAUUGAUUUUAUAUUUAAAUUGACUUGUAUGCUGAAAUAAUUUCAUUGCAUUAACUAAUAUUGAUUAUUGAUAAAUUAAAUUCAUGCUAAAAAGAUCUGAACGACAUCAAUACUCAUAAAAUAUCGGAAACUUGGAUAUCGCCUGACUUAUUGAAAUGUUUGAAAACUGUAGCAAAAUAUGAAGUUUUCAAUUCCAUCAACAGAUGGAACUAUGUGCUUGUAGCUUUUCCUUAUUAAAUUUUUCGACUUUUUGAUUUAA